AUCGAGAGAUCUAAAAGAGUACUACUUAGUCUUUACUUCUGAUAUGCUCGGUCUGAUUCCGCCGUAGGAUGAGGGUACCUUCCCAAUCGGGAAAGAGGUACGAGAUAUACGAGUCUGCAGAUCGUGAAGCCUCAAAUUAAAAGAUUUUAUACAGGUGGCGAUGAAAGGCAAGUCGCUAUAGAUUUAGGAGUCUUAUUUCAACUGACGAGUCGUUAUGUCCGUCAAGCACAUGUUUCUCAGUCAAAUGACUAUAUGUUUAGUCUUACUCCUACCAUCCAACAUAAUGUCUCCCGACACCAUAGCGGCCGGAUAGUUUAUCGAAACAACCCAUCAAUGCCUGCAGCGAUUGUAUUCGCAAAUCUCUUUGUGUUGGGCACCCUCAUUCAUACUUAUGGUCUGUUCCAAACACGGACUCUAUCCCUUUCGUUAUCGGAGGAUACUGUAUGUCAAUCCUUCAACGUGAACUUGCACUAGCUGACCAACUAGUCGAGCCAAUAGGAUACAUCGGCGGCGCGAUGUCGGCAUCUCCGACCCCCCUUUGAACUAUUGGUCCGUACGUCAUGCAGAGCACCCUGGUGCUGGUCGCGUCGGCCCUCUUCGCUGCGAGCAUAUACAUGGAACUGGGUCAGAUUGUAGCCCUCGUGAAGGGGGAGAGUUGGCAGUCAUCCGGGUCGGCUGGAUGACCAAGAUUCUCGUUGCAGGAGAUGCGCGUAGCUUCUUGAUGCAAGCGUCGGGU